AUGUCUCUCGAUGAUCGUGUUAACGCAUUGUUGAGUAAUUUGGAAGAAAUGCAAGAUCAAGCGUUAAGCAUCUUGAAUGUGAAGGAUCUUAUGUACAACACGGAAAAUGAAAACUACUUCUACUGCACCUACGAAAAGUCAGAGCAAGAGCCCGAUAAAAAUUUGAAGUCUGCCUUGGGCUAUUUUGGAAAGUUUGCAAAGUAUGCUAAAGAGAAAUCUAAGCUUUUUAAUAGUGUUAGAGAGUACAUUAAGAAGUUUGAAUAA